AUGGCGAUUGUCACUUUGCCACUAGAGCUUGGUGGUCGCAUCACCUUUUUCAGUUUUAAUUGCCGAGCGGUGAGUAUGAUGGAUCAAGCUCCCACAUCCACAUUAGUAGUAGUCUUGAUGGUCUCUCUGUUCAAACCCUUUUUAGCUUCAGCUACGCGCUUUGAGAACACAUCUUUUGAUUUCCCCUCAUUUAGCUCUGAGAGCCUCAAGCUCCUAGACAUUCAAGGGAAUGCCUCUGUGCUGUCUCCUAACCUAUAUCUCAGCCCAAGCCAGCCGAACCAAAACCCGAGUGGAAAUUGCGGGCAAGCUAUGUAUUCCAAGGAAAUGCGUCUUUGGGACAAGGCUACGGGGAAUGCGGCAGAUUUCGUCGCCCAGUUUGUAUUCAGCAUCGACUCUCAAAGUAGGAACGUUUCCGGCGAUGGGUUGGCUUUCUUUGUUGCUCCUCCAGGCUCAGGCAUGUCAUGUGACUGGGGAGGAGAAUAUCUAGGUCUUCCCAGGGGUUCUUUUGUUGCAAUCGAGAUUGACACUUUCAAGAAUCCCUGGGAUGGGGAUGUUCCACAUGUUGGUAUAGAUUUAAACAACAUCAGGUCUGUGGCCAAUGUCGCCGUCCCAUGGUUGAACAAAACCAUGAAGGUCAGUGGGUUGGUUAAUGCUUCGAUAACGUACGAAUCACAGGCGAAAAAUUUGAGCGUUGUCUUGAUGGACGCUGAUGGGAAUUCCAGUAACUCAAUCAGUCUUCACUAUGCCCCACUCAACUUAAGUGAGUAUUUACCAGAGUGGGUGGAUGUUGGUUUCUCAGCUGCCACUGGAGCUGCAUUUGAAUAUCACAUCAUCCACUCAUGGGAAUUUAGCUCUAGUUUACGGCUCCGGCCCGAAAAGACUACCUUAUCUUGGCGGCAGUGGCUGCUCAUAGCCAUUGGCUGCGUUGGUAUAUUGGUGGUAAUCAUUCUUGCUUGGGUAUAUUGUAGGGCAAAAGUCACUCGUCCAUACCCGAGCAAUGUUAGGCGGGAGGAUGAUAAUGCAUCUAAGAAAACUGAAGAGAACAUGAUCGACACCGAGAGAGGUAUAGAAGAAGACGACCACAAUGCGAAUUUAACUGAGAAGCUCGAAAAGUUGAGACUCAAGAAGUUCUCAUAUGAAGAGUUGAUGACUGCGACCAAUUCUUUUGCAGAGGCCAGGAUCUUGGGAAAAGGAGGUUUCGGCAACGUAUAUGAAGGGCACAUAGGAGACGCUUGCACCCCAGUCGCUGUGAAGAUAAUACACUCUGAUUCAAACCAAGGAAUAGAUGAGUAUCUGUCCGAGGUGAUGUCGGGAAGCCAACUUAAGCACAGAAACUUGGUGCAACUUUUAGGAUAUUGUCACGAGGCAAACAAGUUCGCCCUGGUUUACGAAUUCAUGAGAGAAGGUAGCUUGGAGGAUCAUCUUUUUAAAGGCAGAAGCUUGUUGACGUGGGAAAGGAGGUACAACAUCGCUCAGGGAUUAGCCUCGGGCCUGCACCACCUGCACGAAAAAUGGAAUCAAUGCGUGAUCCACAGGGAUAUCAAAUCUAGCAACGCCUUGCUCGAUGAAAAGUUCGAGGCCAAAUUGGGAGAUUUCGGCUUGGCUAGGCUAGUCGACCACGCCAAAGGCCAAAAAACAACCCAACUGAAAGGAACGCAGGGUUACUUGGCUCCGGAAUGCUAUCAGACUGGUAAGGUAAGUAAGGAAUCCGAUGUCUUCAGUUUCGGAGUCGUCCUUUUGGAAAUAGUAUGUGGGAGAAGAGUCAUCCAAGACCAAGUCCACCUGGUAGAGUGGGUUCGGAAGCAAUAUGGGCAGGGGAACUUGCCCAUGGACUUGAAGCUCGGCAUAAAUUUCGACAAGGAACAGGCGAAGGUCUUGAUGAUCGUGGGGCUUUGGUGUGCUCAUCUCGAUGUUAGCCUUCGGCCCUCGAUUGCAGAGGCGAUGUCCAUCUUGAACUCGAGGGCAGAUCUUUCCAACCUUCCCGCAGAUCUGAGACAGUUGAUGGAAGGUCCGGUCUAG